GGCGCCGGGCUCCCCCGCUCGCUGCAGUGGUUCGGCCUCGGCGACCCCUCAGCGGCGCGUCCCCCGCCGCCGCGGUCCCGCUUCGCGUCUUCCUGAAGCCGCGCUCCCGCGCCUAUCGGUCGGCGGACCCGCAGCCCCCCGUGAGGCCCACGGCCUCCCGCUCGCCAUGGUCCGCCCGCGCCGUGCCCCACACCGCUCCGGUGCCGGGGGCCCCCUCGGAGGUCGCGGCCGGCCACCGCGGCCCCUGGUCGUGCGCUCUGUGCGCUCGCGUUCCUGGCCCGCCGGUCCUCGAGGCCCGCAGCCCCCGCGGAUCCGGGCCCGCUCGGCCCCUCCCAUGGAAGGUGCUCGAGUCUUUGGGGCCCUCGGGCCUAUUGGGCCCUCUUCACCUGGGCUCUCUCUUGGGGGACUUGCAGUGAAUGAGCACCGGCUCAGCAACAAACUGCUGGCCUGGAGUGGCGUGCUGGAGUGGCAGGAGAAGCGUAGACCCUUCUCGGACUCCACAGCCAAGCUGAAGCGCACCCUGCCCUGCCAGGCCUACGUGAACCGGGGCGAGAACCUGGAGACGGACCAGUGGCCCCAGAAGCUGAUCAUGCAGCUCAUCCCACAGCAGCUGCUGACCACACUGGGCCCCCUCUUCCGAAACUCUCAGCUGGCCCAGUUCCACUUCACCAACAGAGACUGUGACUCGCUCAAGGGCCUCUGCCGCAUCAUGGGCAACGGCUUCGCGGGCUGCAUGCUCUUCCCCCACAUUUCUCCUUGCGAGGUGCGCGUGCUCAUGCUCCUGUACUCAUCCAAGAAGAAGAUCUUCAUGGGCCUCAUCCCCUACGACCAGAGUGGCUUUGUCAAUGCCAUACGGCAGGUCAUCACCACCCGCAAACAGGCCGUGGGCCCUGGAGGCGUGCAUUCUGGACCUGUUCAGAUUGUCAACAACAAAUUCCUGGCAUGGAGUGGUGUCAUGGAGUGGCAGGAGCCCAGGCCUGAGCCCAAUAGCCGGUCCAAGAGGUGGCUGCCAUCCCACAUCUAUGUGAACCAAGGGGAGAUCCUGCGGACGGACCAGUGGCCACGGAAGCUCUUCAUGCAGCUCAUCCCGCAGCAGCUGCUGACCACCCUGGUGCCGCUGUUCCGGAACUCGCGCCUGGUACAGUUUCACUUCACCAAGGACAUGGACACUCUGAAGAGUCUGUGCCGGGUCAUGGACAAUGGCUUCGCGGGCUGCGUGCACUUCUCCUAUAAGGCCUCCUGCGAGGUGCGCGUGCUCAUGCUCCUGUACUCCUCGGAGAAGAAGAUCUUCAUCGGCCUCAUCCCGCACGACCAGAGCAACUUUGUCAACGGCAUCCGGCGUGUCAUCGCCAACCAGCAGCAGGUCCUGCAGCGAAGCCUGGAGCAGGAGCAGCAGCAGCGAGGGAUGGGUGGCUAGUGGACUUCCAGGCUGGGUGGGCCACAGUCCCAGACGAGGCCCAGUGGAGAUUGGUGAGCAGCACUUCUUUUCCCAGGAAGCAGCAGGGUGGCCCUGGCUUUAGGGAAGCCACUGCAUGAGGCACCACCUGUGUCCCUGGCAAGGUAUGGGUGCCAGGGCCUAGGGGUGGGGUGCAGUCUCACGAGUAGAAGCCACCCCCUCCUACUGCCUCCCAGGUUAGAUGCUUCUGAGCAGGGGCUCCUGGGGACUGUACCUGCCCAGCAACCUGAAGGACAGCGUCCUGAGGUCUCCAAGGAUGGUCCUUGCCUCUGUUAUGUUUCCCUAAUAAAACCUUUUAACCCACA